UCCUGGGUGGCUUGGACAUGACAAUCAAGUGUGUGAAGAUAAAUCGCUCUGCCUGUGCAUUAAAUUUACAGACUCUUCACGUUAGUAUCACCUCAGGGUUUGAUUUCGCUGCGGUUGUCACAAGCGCCCCGCCUAGCUUAAAUGAGCUUCGCAAGGACGCCAGAAGGAGAAAGUGGCGUGACAAUUGCAGUGGUUGCAGUGCCAUUGUGACUUCCAAAGGAGCUUUUUUCCACGACGCCAUGUGGCAAGAUCCGGAUGAUGAAUUCUUGUGCAAGAAGUGCUUGGCUCACAGGUUCAUGGAAGAUGCUGGCGAAGGGAUUGAUCGUUCAGAAGAGGAGGAGGACAUAGUAGAGGGCUGCACAGAAGACUGCUGGUGCAAGAGGGAAAUUGAUCUUGAUGACUGGUGCUGUCUCCACGAUUACUGGGAUGAGUAUGUGGAGCGUAUGCGCGAGCAGGCGAGCUUCUGGGGAUGAGUCCACCAGAGGGCUGGUGGACUCCGGCUCGCACACUGCCUUUCUAAAUGGUGCAUGCGCAGUUGCUCAUGAAAUUUCUAACUUGAGGGCUUAAGGAAGAUGAAGCCUUCUUCUACGGUGAGAAUGGGAAAUAAUAUAUGUGCAGGAAGUGCAUUGAUGCUGGUCAUGAGGUCCGCACUCUCGUGAAAUUGAGCUGUGGGACAAACGAGACUGACAAUCCUGGGCACAUAGUGGCAUGGGGAGUAGGCAGAUGCCGCCCCAUGGUGUCUGGCGAUUCUCGUUGGCUUCAGCUAAAAAAUAUUGACUCUGCUAGAGACAGUCCAUCAGGGUGAUGCAUGCCAGCCCUCAUUUGGCUCUGCACUAGCAAGGCGAGCAGGUAUCCAUGCUAAAUAGGAAGAAUAAGACAUCUGCCAGCAAUUGCAAUGCAGUGCACGUCUAGUUACAGGCACUGCACUGGGUGCAUGCGGCCGGUGCCUUCAAGGUGAAGUUUACGCAGAAAAGCAGCGCCUUUAAUUUGCCGGCAUGCAAGGAACAAUUGUUGCAAGUCCUUUCCCUGGUUAUCAGGGCAUGAUCGCACUGGAAUUGCAAUACGAGUGGAUGCAACUUCGCAUUAGUGCCCUAGUGCUACUCGGAGUAUCUACUAGCCUGUGUGACGUGCCAAGCACUAGUGUACUGGCAACUGACCCUUGUGGUACCACGUACGCAUGCCAGCAGAAACAAGGUGCUUACGUACUGUAACAGAGCGUCACCAACCAGU